AAAUUUUAUUUUCAUUUAUCAGCUGUUUUUAGCUGGUGAUGGUGAAAAAACUGCGUAUUUUUUCUAUUUUCUACGAAACAUUUUUACGCGAAGUUAGUUUAAAAACCUGUCCAGCCGCCUGGAAUGGGUGUAGCAUCCGUGAAGUUAUCGCUUAAAGAACAAUGUUUGACUUGGUGAACAUUUUCAAGAAUCUGAUUUACAGCAUGUUGGCGAUAUUUUCAUUCGGUCGGAAGAAGCUCUCCAACACCCUGAGCAUCUACGUGAAAACAAACACGGGCAGCACGCUGGCGGUGGAUCUGGAACCGCACAUGGACAUCAAGGACGUGAAGGAGAUUGUGGCCCCACAGCUGGGACUGGCCCCGGGAGAGCUGAAAAUUAUCUUCGCCGGCAAGGAGCUGUCCGAUACGAUAACGAUUAGUGAGUGUGACCUCGGUCAGCAGUCGAUUAUACACGCAGUGAAAGCAAGAACACUUCCGAAGAAGAUAGCAAAUGGAAAAAGUCUACUAGAAACGCCAAUCUCUGAAGAGGCUCCAGAGGAACCGGUGUCUACGAAGCCACUGUGUGAAACGUUGACCGACCUCCAAAUGACGGAGGUAAAAGAAAAGCCCGGAAGCCCUGCCAGGGAACGAAGAAGGGCUCAUUUCUUCGUGUACUGUUCCCAGUGCGAGAAGGUUUGUACUGGCAAACUGCGAGUACGGUGUGGAAUCUGCAAAAGCGGUGCUUUCACGGUCCACCGAGAUCCGGCCUGUUGGGAUGACGUUCUGAAGAAAAAGAGAAUUACGGGACAUUGCGAAAACUACGAAAUUCCUUGCGUAGAAAAUGAACUGGGCGAUCCGCCGUUUACGGAGUUUUACUUUAAAUGUUCGGAGCAUUCUUCCGGUGGGGAGAAAGACUUUGCCGCUCCAUUGAAUCUGAUCAAAACAAACCAUAAGGAUAUUCCCUGCAUUGCUUGUACUGAUACAAGUGACACCGUGCUGGUAUUCCCGUGCGAGGCAGGCCACGUAACCUGCCUGGACUGCUUCCGUCAAUAUUGCGUAUCGCGACUGUUGGAGCGACAGUUCCUGGAACAUCCGAACGGUGGAUACACCCUGCAAUGUCCGGUAGGCUGCGAGAGUUCCUACAUUGAAGACGUGCACCAUUUUAAGCUACUGUCGAAGGAACAGUACGAACGCUAUCAACGUUUCGCUACCGAAGAGUUUGUGCUUAGAAACGGAGGCGUCCUGUGUCCGCAACCGGGCUGCGGUAUGGGCCUUCUCGUUGAUCCGGAGUGCAAAAGAGUGCAGUGCCAAAAUGGCUGUGGGUUCGUAUUCUGUCGCAACUGUCUGCAAGGUUACCACAUAGGAGAGUGUCUGGAAACGCCGCAACCGAAUGCGGGCGCCGCACAAAACUACACAAUCGAUCCGCUGCGUGCGUCCGAGGCUCGGUGGGACGAGGCUUCCAAAAUUGUCAUCAAAGUGACGACCAAACCGUGCCCAGCCUGUCGGACGGCAACCGAACGGGACGGAGGCUGUAUGCACAUGGUUUGCACUCGGUCCGGUUGUGGGUUCGAGUGGUGUUGGGUCUGUCAGACCCCAUGGACCCGGGACUGUAUGGCAGCGCACUGGUUUGGUUGAAAGAGGGCUGUGAUGGCCAGUUUGUAGCAAUAAAUUUAUGCGUUGGAAUAUUUAUUGGAUUUGGAUGCCAUACGUUCCUACCUAGGUCGAAAGAUUGAGAUUAACCAAAUUUAGCCGUUGAAUCUGGAUUAUAUUUUUUUAGAUAGAUAUUUUGUUACGCGAUUAUAGCUGUAAAUAAAGCAGUAUUUUUUGAAAA